GCGACAUGUUGGUGCCGGUUAAUCAUUUCAGAUCUCUCCACACAGACCUGAAACCUGUUCCAUGUAGAGAAGAGCUGCUCACGCUUCCAGACAUGUUGUUCAGGAUCCUCUGCUUAUUCCUCGUCCUGGUGUUUCUGGGUCCGGUUCAUGGCGGACCCCUGACGGACCUCCACCCCAACAUGACGGACCAGGAGCUGUUCUGGGGCACCGACCAGUACGACUUCUCCGUGGUGCUUCCUGCCGCGGGGUUGCAGUGUUUCUGGCACUUCGCUCACCGCGGAGAGAGAUUCUACCUGAGCUUCAUGGUCCAGUGGGUGAUGGGAGUCGGCCAUGACAGACACCUGUCUGUCACCGUCAACGCUCCCAGCAGUCUACUAGUGUCGACUGUCGAUGACGCCAAGGGUCAGAUCAACUUUGAGGCCGAGGAAACGGGUUUCUAUCAGAUGUGUUUCAACAACUUCCACAACCGCUUCGGCACCAUGCAGGUCUUCCUCAGCUUCGGCGUUUACUACGACGGCUACAAAGACCCCGCCACGCGCCAAGAGGAGGAGAAGAAGAAGAAACAGGAAGUCAGCAAAGACCUGAACAACACACUGAGCUUCAUAGAGGAUGCGACUCACAAAGUGGAGAACCACGUGUUCCACGUGUUCCGCUACUACAGCUUCGGCCGCAUGAGGAAGAGCGCCGACUACUUCCUGCUGCUGUCCAACUCGUGGUACGUCACCUGGUGGUCGGUGGCCCUCGGCCUCCUCAUCGUCGCCUCCGGGUACCUGCAGCUCCUCUUCCUCCAGAGACUCUUCGUCACCCAGACCGGCGGCGAGGAGGAGAAAAAGCCCCGCUGCUGAGGCCCUCGGGGGGGGGGGGGGG